AGACAUGGCCUGGAGGUCUAUGGUUCUGUCCCUGCUGCUCCUGCUGCUGCCGCCUCCACCGCUCCUCCUCCUGGGCUCUCCGCUGACCCUGAGCACCUGGAGCAACCUGCCGUCUGAGCCGAGCCCCGGCAGCCGGUGCGGGCCUGGCGAGUACCCGUCUGCCCGGCACUGCUGCCAGCGCUGCCCCCCGGGUUACUACGUGGAGGAGCCAUGCAGCAGCCCCCACACCCGGAGCGAGUGUGUGGCGUGUGACGCGGGGACGUACACGGGACACGCCAACGGCCUGCGGUCCUGCCUGCUGUGCACCACCUGCCGCCAGGAUCAGGAGAUGGUGCGUGACUGCACCCCGACACGGGACCGGCAGUGCCAGUGCAAGCCCGGGGAGUUCUACUGCGCCUCGGGGCGCUGCCCGGAGACCUGCUACCGCUGCACCAGCUGUCCCGGCGCCACCCUGCGUAACUGCACCGCCACGACGGACACCGUGUGCGCCCCGGGAGCCCCGGCACAGCCAGGACCUUCAGCCUGUUCCCUCGCCUUGGUGGUGUCUGUGGCGACCCUUGUCAUCGUCGUCGUCGCCUUCAUCGUCGCCGUCGCCGUCGCCAUCGCCUGUUGGCGGAGAGGAGGGGUGCCGCUGCCCCAGUGGCUGUGCCGUUUCACCAAACCAGCGUCGGUGGAGCCCGGCAGCCACGGCCACAUCCUGAAAACCACGGACCCUGAGAGCGGCCUCCCAGCCCCCAACGCAGAGACCACACAGCUGCUGAGGGAGGCCUCCACCCUGACGCCCGGGGCCCAGACCCGCCCGGGACCCUCAGCCGACCCCGACCCCGACCCCGGGGCAGGAGUGGAGCUGCAGGUGGAGGUGGAGGUGGAGGUGGAGGGAGGCGGCCGGGAAGCCCCAGAGCCGGCGCCCCCGUCUCCUGCUGCCGCUGCGCCUGGGGCCCUGACCUGGGCCGAGGCAGCCGCCGGCCUCCGUCCCCCGGAGCAGGAACAUAAAUGCCUGUUUGGUGAAGGACACGCCCUGACGCCCCCGAUAGGCUCCCUGGUGAACUUGGACCUCAGGCCCCAGGAUGGGACCAGAGCUCGUGCUGGCCGGAAGGAAAUGGCUGCAGGACCUGUGACCUUCUGUGCCCUGGAACCUGUGGCCGUGCUGUGAGAUGCUGCUCGCUGGAAGGCCCGGCCGGGAGGGAGCCAGCCGUUUGUGCUCCCGGCGGCCUGCACACCACCAGAACCAUCUCAGAUCACUGACCAGCUACCUCCUGCACACCCCCUACCGAGGACUGAGCCCACAUGUGACCUUGACCAGUAUCGAGCUCAGGAUCCUUCAGUCCAUAGGCUGGUGCUCUAUCCUCUGAGCCAUGGUCUGAGACCCUUUUUAAGUGCCUUACUAAGAGGUUCUUUUAGCCGAAGGUUGUGACUUAAUACAUCCUUCGACACCUGAAGGAUGGAGGCGGAGGGGGAGGGGGAGGGGGUGGCGGGGAAGAGAUCAACCAGAGACCUCAGUGCACCGAAUCCUGCUUUCCCACCAGAAGUGAUGUGCACGGAAUUCGUCCCUUCCAGCCCCAGAGGACACUCCUAUUACAACCUUUUUAUAUGCAGCUCAUGUCUUUUUACAGUUGAAAUAUAGUAGCAACCAUACUCGGGUAAAAACUGCUUUUUGAAUUUUAACCCCUCUAGUCUGGCUCCUGCACCUGAUUAACACAGGAUAUUUACCUCAGCUUCCAGGUGGAGACCUGGAGGCUAAGGCAGUUUUCCCUUGCCCGGGGCCAGGCCCACAGG